AAAGGGCAUCUUAUAAAGGAUAAAAAUAUCCUUGAAAAGUGAAAAAUAAUUUUAAAAAAAAAUUAUUGAAACAAAAAAGAGAAGAAAAGAGAAACUAAUUGCAAAGAUUCGCAACAGUUUCUUCAACUUGUCCGAAAAAAAAUCACUUAAAAAAAUUCGCAAACGCAAACGUUAGAUUGUCAGAAAUCGUGAUAGCUGUCCAGUCGUUUCGUCACCGUUUUGAUGGCUGCAAGUGCGAAUCCGUUAGGGAACAACCAGGAAGGCUCCUCGGCGGCGCAGAAGUCGACGUCCGCUAACGGCGGCGUUAUUUCUAGCAACGGCGGAGCCAACACUCCGGCGGCUGAUACCACAGCGACUACGUCGGCGUUGCGGCACAACACCGGUAUUUCACUCGAGUGGACCCCUGAUGAACAGUCAAUUCUUGAAGAUUUGCUCGCAAAGUUUGCCUCGGAUUCAACUCUUGUUCGGUAUGCUAAAAUUGCAAUGCAGUUAAAGGACAAAACUGUUCGAGAUGUUGCUCUACGUUGUAGAUGGAUGAGUAAGAAGGAAAAUGGCAAGCGAAGGAAAGAGGAUCAUAAUUCAGCGCGGAAAAACAAAGACAGAAAAGAAAAGGCUACAGAUUCAUCCGCAAAAUCGUCAUCUCAUUUAACAACUCGCCCGAAUGGUCCUUCGUAUGCUCCACCAUUGAUUCCCAUGGACACUGAUGAUGGCAUCCCGUAUAAAGCCAUUGGGGGUGUUACGGGAGAGCUUCUUGAGCAGAAUUCUCAAAUGUUUAAUCAAAUUUCUGCAAAUUUUGCGGCUUUCAAGAUAUGUGAUAACAUCGAUCUCUUAUGCAAGGCUCGGGACAACAUCCUCUCAAUCUUGAACGACUUGAAUGACCUGCCGGAGAUAAUGAAGCAGAUGCCUCCACUUCCUGUGAAAGUUAACGACGAACUCGCCAAUUCCAUCCUUCCCCGUACAUCCCAUCAAAUGAGUUCAUGAUCAGGGAUUGGAUUGCUGAUGCUUCUGACUAUUUCCCUCAAGUUGGGCCGUUCAAAUUCAAAUCAAGUCUGAAAUAUGAAUAAAACCAGUUCCUUGGUAAAGUUAUUUUAUUAGUUAAAGAAGACACUCUAAAUGUCCAUUCAAUCUGAUGCUGUAGAAUGUAAAGAUUUAUAUUAUUUAAUUAUCGUCCUUCUCUUGGUAGAUUGAUUGAUUGUAGGAACUUUGUAUUGUGUAGUAAGUACAUAGUUGUGUGAGGGGAAAUGUGAAUGUAAAAAUGAUAUGAAAGAAAAGUUUUUAACUCUAGACUGAACUAAACUUGCAGUUUCAAUUGGACUGCACCCAAUAUGUAAUUGCAUGUUGCAACUGGUAAUUGAAUACUUUGCAACAUAUUAUACCAGCAAAGCUGGUGUUGGUAAUAAAUGUUUAGGUUUUUUUAAA